CAAGGACUCCCAGAGGCAUUGUCGUUUAGCUAUUUAAAGAAUUACGGCCGCCCGUACUGGUCCACGUAUGCUGCAACUAAUUUCCUGUCCGCUACCAGGAGGAAACUGUACAAGUGUUCAAGGUCACUAUAUCUUAAUCCCAUCGAUAUUGACCAUAGGGACAUCGUUGGCUGUUCGCAUAUUGAAACUGUCACCCCUUCCGAGCCAGCACUGGCGGAAACAUACAAGAGAACCCUUGAGACAUUUUUUGAUAACCUGAUGAUCAACGGAUCCAUCCUCAAGCGAAGUCGUCAAGCCGAAUUGUUCGGCUGCAUUCUGUUGACACUUGCGCGGGAUUGGGCAAGUGCAUUCAAGAGCAUUCAGCAGGUCCCUACGAUAUCGUCAAAAGUGUUCUUGACCACCCUCCUUGGUGAGAAUUUCGGGUUUCCCCCCAAUGAUCAGAGCCUCCAGUUCUUGAACGAAAUGGACAAUGCCCAUAUCAACUUCACGCACAUCGUCCAGCGGACGGAAGACGUUGACAAUUUGUCGUUUGAUUUUCUCUGCAAGGCGUGGUGCCGUGGUGCUGCAUUUCGAUGCAAGUCUCAACAGCCUUGUAUCGCCGAGUUCAUUGUUACCCAGAGUGGAGCGCUUGAUGACCCAUUUGAAUUGAAAUGGUUCAAUUACAUAGCCUGGCGAUCGGAGCUGCGUGUUGAUGCAUCUACUUCUGGCCUUCCUUCGGAGCUUGCUCGACCUCGUAUCGAGGGCCAGAGGCCUCAGUCGACUGUGGUGUCGUUCAUGGAUCUGGGCACUAACUGCGGUUUUGGAUCAACAACAGGAAAACUGUGUCAACUCACUCUUGGGCCUGCGCAACAUCCGCACGUCCCUAGCCAUGGAUGGGGAGACGAGGAGCCCCCUCGAUGGUGCAUCUAUGCUCGAGGGCACACAUUCGCCACGUACCCUGCGAUCGAAUGGGUUAGCUUGCAGUUCACUGCCCUCUUCAACCAAUCUUCGUCCUGGAUGGACAGGGCUUUGUCGGAAAAGGGGGAGGAGAACCCUUUCGUUGUGCAGUUGGACCUACGCAAAGGUCUGGCAGUGACUCCCGGAUCCGAGGUCAAAUAAGCAUCGGCUGUUCGUGUAACAAAGGUGUGGGAUUUUAAGCGACCCAAACUGUAUGCAGUAUUAUCAUCACACCGUACUCCGUUAUGAUGUUCUUGAAAAACGAAUCUGAGCAACUUGUCUGCGACUUCGAUCAAGGCUGGGCGA